GCCAAGCCUCAGGACUUGCGCGUGGCUGUGGAUUGCGCCGCCUUCUUCGGGGUGCCAUCGCUGCUCCACCACGUGCGCGAGUGGAUCGCCGCAAACCUGAAGGUGGCCACCGCCCCGGCCCUCUGGGCUUUUGUGGAGUCUGAGCCGCUGUUGAAGCACCAGGAAGUGGAUGGAUGUGAUGAUGCCGAGGAUGUUGAGGCCGCCUGCUUCGAAUUUCACUUGGAGCACUUCGCCGAGUUGGCCGGGGUCAAG